GGCGCAGUGCAUCCUGGGCCAGCGUAGCCAUGGCGGCUCGUGUCCUUUCCGCUUGUGUCCGCCGACUGCCUGCGGCCUUCGCGCCGCUGCCCCGGGUCCCCACGCUGGCCGCAGUCCGGCCGCUCAGCAACACCCUCUGCCCCGCGGGGGCCCGGACGAGGCCUGGGGUUCUGCAUCCUGCCUCGGUGCUCGCGCAGGUUCCAGUAACGCAGUUGUGCCGCCAGUAUAGUGAUGCGCCCCCUUUGACGUUAGAGGGAAUCAAGGACCGUGUUCUUUAUGUCUUGAAACUCUAUGACAAGAUCGACCCUGAAAAGCUCUCGGUAAAUUCCCACUUUAUGAAAGACCUGGGCUUAGACAGUUUGGACCAAGUGGAGAUUAUCAUGGCCAUGGAGGACGAAUUUGGGUUUGAAAUCCCUGAUACAGAUGCUGAGAAGUUAAUGUGUCCACAAGAAAUUGUAGAUUACAUUGCAGAUAAGAAGGAUGUUUAUGAAUAAAAUAUCAGACCCCUUUUUUUCACUGAGAGAAGACUCAGAAGAUGCUGGCAAGUGUCUGGAAGUGAGAACGCGUUUUGGCAUUAUUGCCGCCUUUGACAGAGUAAUUCUGUCUAGACUUGUAUUUAAAUUGUCCGUUUUGCCCUUUGAAAAUAAAUCUAUAAAACCAA